CUCAUUGGGGCAUGAUUACGGCUUGCCUGAUAUAUAUAAUGCCAGAGCAGACAUCAGCUUGCAUAUACAGAGUAUGGCACGGUUUGCAGUAGCCGCUUUAGUCCUAGGGCUCCUUGGGUGCUCUUCAGUAACAGACUGUGGCGAGGUGAAAGACGAUAUUUUACAUAUCAUCAGUAAUGGAGUUACUGUUUAUCAAAAUGAGAUGCCUUGGCACACUGGCAUUUAUUUGAAGACGACGACUCCGUACAAGCAAAUCUGUGGAGGGUCUAUAGUGAGACCCAGCAUCGUCAUAUCAGCCGCUCAUUGCUUCUGGAGCGACAACAAAGGGGUGUUACCAGCCAACAAUUACGCUGUGGCAGCGGGCAACAUCUACCGACCCUGGAACGACCCUCAGAAUAACUCUCAGAAGGCUGACGUGGAAUCAAUCAAUAUCCCUGAUCGCUACCGCGGCGUCGCCACUAAUUAUAUGGAAGACUUGGCCGUUCUUGUGUUGUCGAAGUCCUUCGAUUAUGCGCCAAAUGUUUCACCAAUCACCCUCGAUUUUAAUGAGAAUUUGGACCGACUUCAGCUAACCCCUGGUAAUAUGGGAAAGAUCGUCGGUUGGGGUCUAACCGGGAGCAAUGGACCCGCGUCACAGGUCCUCAAACAAGUGCAGCUGCCCAUCGUCUCUUUCAAGCAGUGCUUCGACGAUUCACCUCCCAGCUUCCGUCCGUUUAUCGGCUGCGAUAAAUUCUGUGCGGGGUAUACAGAUAGUGACAUCGCGGUGUGCAGGGGCGACAGCGGCGGCGGGCUCGUGGUGGGCAUUGAGGAAAAUGGUGAAAUCCACUACUAUUUUCGCGGCGUGGCGUCCACAGCAGCUUCGGAUGAUAAUCUGUGCAACGUCAAUUCAUUCUCAACGUUCACUCAUUUGCAGAAACAUGAGUCUUUUAUCAAAGAGUACUUAAAAGAUUGACAUAUGUGAAUAAAUGUUACUGAUCAAGUGCGUAAA